CAUUUUGUGCAUUGUGAAUAGAUUUAGUUUACGCGCGUGCUAGCAACUGUCGCUUCAGUUGAGACGCGUCAGCCUGUUCACAUCUUAUACGUUGAUUGCAAGUCGUUUACUCAACCAGAAUCUAAAAUGAGCGGUCGCGGCCCUCCUCGCAUUGAAGGCAUGACCUCAUUGAAAGUUGACAACCUGACGUAUCGCACUACUUGCGAAGAUUUGCGUCGAGUUUUUGAAAAGUAUGGAGACGUCGGAGAUGUUUACAUCCCUAAAGACCGUUUUUCGCGAGAAAGUCGUGGCUUUGCUUUUGUCAGGUUUUAUGAUAGACGUGAUGGAGAAGAUGCCAUGCAUGCUAUGGAUGGUAGAAUGAUGGAUGGACGAGAACUCAGGGUCCAAUUGGCUCGCUAUGGACGUCCUGAUGAUCCACCCCGGCGAAGUGGACGCAGUUCACGCAGGAGGAGGUCUCGUUCUCGUAGUCGUUCACGCGACCGUCGUUCCAGAUCUCGAUCUCGCAGUCGUAGUCGUAGCCGCGAUCGUGAUGAUAAAAGAGGAAGUCGCCGUGAUGACGAUCGCCGAAGCAAGAAGAAGAGCAAGUCCAGGUCCCGUAGUCGCAGUGAUAGUCGCGAUAGAAGCCGCGAUAGGAGUCGUGAUCGGAGCCGUUCUCGUAGCAAGAGCCCAAGAGACGAUGCUGCAAACAGAUCUCCAGCAGCAAAAGAAGAACAGUCAGCUGAGGCAGACAGGAGAAAUCAUGACGAAGAAGAUAACGGACAUGCAGAUCGUCGCGAUGACGAUAACGAUCACAGGCGAUCUGCCUCGCGUUCGCGAUCUCGCUCGCGUUCCCGAUCUGGAUCAAAAGACUGAAAUUGUUUUAAAGGCGUGUAAGGGACUUGAAGAAAAAGGGGGCUGUGGUGACUUUCUUUUUUUCUUUUUUUGUUUCUGGUGGUGGCUGCACACGAAGCGACACGAAAAAGGCGCGUUUUCGUCCGUUAAUCGAGAGGUAUAAGCCCCCUCAUUCAAGGCGUGACGUUUUUUAAUCACUAUUCAAUCAGAUUUCACUGACAACCCUAAACAAUACAAGCGAACUUCGGUUUAAGAAAAGAGAGAUGAAACGAAACAACAAAUUCCAUUGCUUUUCGUGUAGUGUGUGUAGUAGUAUUUUUCCUUCUUAUAUAGAUUGAGUUCCUUAAAUUUUCUUUUUGAUGAUAACAUGGUUUGAUUUUCUUAUGUCCAACUGAUAGAAAUCAGAGAACUUUCAGUAAUACUUUGGAAAAAAAAACGAAAAGCAGCCAACAAAUACGAAACAGGAAUCUGGUUCUCUCAAGCCAAUACACACAGAUUUCAUCAUCU